AUGUCUGAGUCAACAUUUUUUACAUCAUUGAUUAGUGGUGCUUGUGCUGGUAUCGCAACAGAUAUAGUAUUUUUCCCCAUUGACACCAUCAAAACAAGAUUACAAGCUAAAGGAGGGUUUUUCACAAAUGGUGGAUAUCAUGGAAUUUAUCGUGGGUUAGGUUCAUGUGUUGUUGCGUCAGCACCUCUGGCCUCGUUAUUCUUCAUUACUUAUGAUUCAUUGAAAAGAGACUUGCCGCCUGCGGUAAGUUCACUUGGGGUUAGACAUAUGAUCGCUGCGUCAAUGGGGGAGAUUGCUGCAUGUAUAGUUCGUGUGCCAGCUGAGGUAAUUAAACAACGUACACAGGCAUCCCAUAUGGGUAAUCAAACAUCGUGGAGUAAUUUGUUGCAUAUUUUGAGAAACUCCAACAAUGAAGGGGUGUUGAAAGGUUUGUAUCGUGGUUGGAAUAGUACCAUAAUGAGAGAGAUCCCAUUCACGAUGAUUCAAUUCCCAUUAUAUGAAUAUUUAAAAGUGCAAUGGCAACAAAAUUUAAAUAGUUUUAUACCACAGGGAUUCAAAGGUGCCGCGUGUGGAAUGAUUGCUGGUGGAGUUGCUGCUGCAUUGACUACACCACUUGAUGUGAUAAAAACAAGAAUAAUGCUACAUAAGGAUAGAAUAAGUAUUGUUAGUUUGGUAAAGAAUUUGAUUCGUGAAGAAGGCCCUGCAGCAUUGUUCAAUGGGAUAGUUCCUAGAACAUGUUGGAUAAGUUGCGGUGGUGCUAUAUUCUUGGGCUGUUACGAACUAGUCCAUACCGAAUUAACGAAGAGAUCAAGAUUGUAG